UUAUUCUGUGCCCACAGUCGUGGGUUCCAAAUCGCUCAUGAUUCCCAGACCGGUCGCGGCGGGAAUGCGCGGUGGUCUCGCCCCAUGGCACACGUCGUCUUUGUGGCCUUGGGCUCUCGCGGCGACGUGCAGCCGCUGGCCGUGCUGGCCAGCGCUGUGGCCGACGUUGACGCCGUGGCACAGGUGUCACUGGUGAGUCAUUCCGAGCUUCAGAAGCUCACUGAGGAGCCGGAGGUCUGGAGCUCCAAGGUGCUUUGGAGGCCCUUGGCCCAGCCGUGCUUUGUCCAUGAUGGUCGCCUGAACGCCGACACGCCAGACGUGCUGGACCUGCAGGGCCGUCGCCGCGCCGAGUGGAUCGAGGCCAUCGGCCGCGCCGGGGACGCCGACGUCCUGGUGUGCAACCUCUUCGCCAUGCCACCGGUCUUCCACCUGGCCGAACGUCUGAAGAUUCCGUGGAUUUGCUGCUCUCCAAGCCUGAUCCCGUAUUCCAUGCCUGAGACCUUCGAGCAGGAGCUGACCGAGAACAUGCCUGACUUAAUGGAGGUGUUGAAGAAACGUGAUGAACCAGGAGAUGAAAGCCUGUUCUCCUGGAGCACAGUCAAGAGCUGGAUGUGGCCAGUCUUCACCGAGAGCCAUGCCAUUCUCAGAGAGGAGUUCUUGGGCCUGCCGCCGGUGCCGGGCGACCGCGCCGGCGACGGCCACGACCACUUUGCCCCGGAGACCUUGAAGGGCGCCCAGUUCCUUCUUGGCAUUCCUGCAGCCCUGAUACCAGCCUCCGUGACCCUGCCGCCGGCCGCCGUCGUUUGCGGCGCCUGGAGCCCUGCGGAAGACCGCGCGAGGAAGCAGCCAAAGGCCUUGGUGGAGUUCCUGGCGCAGUGUGAAGAAGAGGUGGCCAAGGGGCAACUGACUGGGCCUCCCUUCUACAUCGGCUUUGGCAGUAUGGGAGCGGAGGGCUUAGUCCCAGACGCCGAGAAGGUCUUGAAGGUCUUCUUGGACACAGCCAAGUGGAUGGCGCGCCCGGUGGUGCUGAUGCAACACACGCUCGCGCAGGUGGAUCCGACUCCGCGCUUCGUCUUCUGCUGCAGUGAGGAUGUGCCACAUGGAUGGAAGCCCAGUUGUGCGCCUCGCUGCGCCGACGGAUCCGACCUGUGCCGUUCCGCGCUGGCGAGGCUCUUCCCCCAGUGCUCCGUGGUGAUCCACCACGGCGGCAUCGGCACCGUGCUGGCCGCGGCGCGCGUGGGGCGGCCACAGCUGGUGGUGCCGCUGGCCUUCGAUCAGCCCUUCUGGGGGCAGACGUUGGAAGACCUGGGCGUGGCGGCCGUGCAGGAGCUGGAGGAGCUGUCGGUGCCUUUGGUGGCCCGGAAGCUCCGGGCGCUGCUGACUCCGUCGGUCCAGCGGUCUGUGGAAGACCUCGCCGCCCAGCUCAACGACGAGUCGCCGCCCAUCGCGCGGGCGGUGCAAGAGAUCGCUGCGCUGGCGGCGACGGUCGAAGGCGCUGGCGCUGGCGGCGCUGGCAGAGAGGUGUUGAGGCCAGUUCAUCGCAUUGAGCUCUGCGAGGAUGCGGAGGGUGAAGCAGAGGAGUUGAGCGUUCUGGGCCGCAGCAGUGGAGAGGUGCAGUUCAUCUUCCGAGAAAUUGCCGAGGAGCACAGCUAUGGAGAGCUCUCCAAGCUGCCAGGCGACUCCAUCGUGGUCGAUGGAGGGAUGAACCUGGGACUCUUCAGCCUGGUGCUAGCCAAGCGCUGGCGUGGCACGGGGCAGCUCACGGUGGUGGCCUUCGAACCGGCCGAGGAGACCUACCACCUGGCGCUCCAAAACCUCCGUCACCACGGCGUGCCCUUGGUCGCCCACGGCGCGGAGUUCGGCGACCGCGACGACGCGGUGGUCGAGGGCGCGGAGUUCGGCGAUGCGCCGGUGGUGGUGCACUGCUUUCGGCUGGCGCUCUGUGACGUGGAGCGCGAGGAUCGCCUUUGCUACUUCCCCUACCUCACUUCCAGCUCGACCUUGCAACAGCACCGCGCAGCCAAAGACCUUGCGAAAGAGAGGGGCUGCUUCGAUCCGCGUCUAGUGCAGACAGGAUCCAACGGUCUCCCUGCCAUGAAGGUCUCGAAGAUCGCAGACAUGAAAGCUGACGCAAUGAGCUGACAUGGUGACGUGCUAGCAGGAUCGGCUAGCGAGACUGUGACCAUUGGUUCAUGCACUCUACCACACGUCCCAUCCUCAGGAGACCUACCUACUCCCGGACUUUCUAAUUUUCUGGUGUCGCUUAGGUGCGCAGAACUUUCAUUCACUUUGAGGAGGAGGAGGGGGAGGAGGGAGAUGUUGGGAGCGACCGCGUGGCGACCGCGGCCAUCAGCACAGCUCUGGGAUCAUCGAUGAUCCUGCUGAUCACCUGUGACGCAGCACACAGAUGUGUCGGUGCAUAGUUCCUGCACCCAAACCAUCACAUGUUAGUCAGCAUUGGUCAUGCAGCAGGUGUCAACCACACUUGCGACUCUAGGAGGUCUAUGCCAGGGGAAAAGAGAGGCAGUGUGUUCCAUCCUGGCUGAAACUGCCAUGAACUGAGCGAAGUUAUUUGCAACUCACCACGCACCUGCGGCAAUACUUGUAGUACUAUCGACUCGGUCAAGCUUGGGUCCUUCAACUCGUUGAACAUGCAGGUUAAAAGUUUCUUGGACACAAACUCCUUGGCCAGGCCACGGAGGCUUACACAACCACUGCCUGCAGGCUGAUCAAGCACCGGCAGGUGUCAAGAGUGGGCCGACACACGCUGAUCAUGGUGUAUCACGCCCUGACAAUCACUACAACUAGGCCACGACCUGCAGCCGCAGCCGUGCAGUUGUUUAAUCCUCUGGGGAUUUGAAUCUGUUCUGUCGAAAGCCGGCCAGAUCUUCACACAACGCAGCUGUGAGCUUCACUGAAAAUCCCCAGUCCCAGUCGAGGAAACCCUCUUGGCCCGGAUUUGCGUUGUUUGCUUGCCUGUUUGUAUGACAAAAAGCACGACUAUUCC